AUGAGUAAAACUGAGAAAAACGAAAUAUUAGUUUUAAAACGCAAGAGCUGUUUGGCCAGGAUAGAAGAAAUAUUCGAUUAUGCCAAUAAUAAAACGGCUGAUCAGUUUUAUCAACAAAAUCUUGCAGCUCGACUAGAAUACUUGGACACCCUCUACGAGGAGUUCCAAGAGCUUCAAAACAGCAUAAUUUCUUUGAUCUCAGAUCGUGAUUUUGAUACACAUGACCUUGAACCACAUGUGGCUGUUACAAUUCCUAUUGCGUAUGAUUUAGUGGAUGUUAGGGAUCAUAUCGAGGCUCAUGAGGACGAUGAGGUUUUGUCACAAGCUACGGAUCCGUCGCUUACUGACCCAGAGGUUUUAACGUCUGGUAGACCAGAAACCCUUGAUCCUGCAUCAGGUUUUGCACGUAAGCAAUCAGUGCCUCAUUCUGUGUUAAAGAACUCUCAGGACCCUGCUCCUAAUACCUCGUCUAGAAACCGUAUAGACACUCAACUUAGACAUUCUUCCAUACUUCGAUCAGGAAAUGAUCUCAUUUCAUUUCACAAUGACAAUCCAUUUCAGCCACAGCGGCCUUCUAAUGGGAACCUCGAGUUUAAUCGAUUGACUCCGGUCAGGCAUAAUUUCAAUAAUGCUUCUCCAUCUCAGCAGGUUCAAAGUGAAUCACAGCCUCGCUCUGAUCAAGUUUCUAAUUUCUACCCUAUGGAUAAUCGUCCAUCUCAAUCAUUAUCUGAAGCACAAACCCUAGCGUUCUCUCGUCAGGUUGGUUCUGAGCCUAUAACGGAGAUUCUUGGCAGCCCAGAAAUGUAUAUCAACAUGGGAUCGACAAUAAAUUUAACUUGUAUAGUUCAAUAUGCUCCUGAACCACCUCCCACGAUCGUCUGGGCUCAUAAUUCACACGUUAUUAAUUUUGAUUCGCCCAGAGGGGGAAUUAGUUUAGUUACUGAAAAGGAAAUUCAAACAAAGGUUAAGAUUAAUGAUCCAAACUAG